AUGUCCUCUCCCUCGACCGCCCCCGACAAGGAGACCCUGAAACUCCUCCUCCCCCUCCGCUAUGAUGGCAAAACCGUCAUCGAGUGUGACAGGUUCCUGUCGCAGCUGCGUAUCUACUGGCUGGUCAACACAUCACUGACCACCAUCGAGCUCAAAGUGCAGGUUGCACUAAGCCUGCUCGAUGGAGACACCCACGCCUGGGCCACUCCCUACUUUUCCCAGCUCGCAUCGGUGCAGAUGGGUGUACAGGGGGUCACGACCCCUUUCAGGAACAAAGCAGCCUUUACUGCCGCCUUCAAGGCCCGCUUCGGCAAUCUCAACAAUGAAGCAGUGGCACAAGUAGAGUUAGCGAAGCUCUGCGCGGACAAGUCGGUCCGUGAAAAACGCACUGCGGCGGAGUUCUCCGCGCUGUUCAAGGGUCCAGCGGACCGUUCCGGGUAUGGGGACCUGGAACUACGCAACAAGUACCUGAGCAGCAUCCCCUCCCGAGUCUACCGAAAGAUCGAGCUCGAGACCUUCACCACGUGGCAAGAAGCUGAAAAGCGCGCCACUGAGGUCGAGCAGAUCCUCGACAUCAGCCGGGCCCGGCGGCCCGAGGUCAAGGAUGUGGUGGGGCACGUGGUGCAAGGGUACCGACACUUUGAGUGCCCCAACUGUAAGGACAAGCCUUACACAAAACGCGCCGACACGUGGGCUAUGGUUGCCUUGGGCUCCACCCAGGUAGCGACAAGCGCUCCUGCCCCUUCACCCUCGGCAAGUAUAAGUGCCGCUUCAGCGAAAUCCGAGCAAUCGGAGCUGGCGGACUUAAUGGCACAGGUGAAGUUGAUGCGCGAGGAGCUCGAGCACUAUCGGGUGAUGAAAGAGGAGGGUUUUUGA